CUUCCUUCUUUAAUUAGUCAUAGAAAGCCUCAAUUAGGGAUCUUAGAUUAGUAAAAUUAGUUUUAUGAGGCAUGCCUUUCAAAAAAUUGUAUUUAUCAACAAAAUAUUGGAGGCUUUGGCAUCAUAUAAAAAUUCUGCUGUAUGCGGUAUCGAACUCGCCAUCUAGUUAAACUUUGGAUAAAUUUUGUCUGACCUGUUUGUAAUAAUGAUCACAUACGGCUAAAAUAAUAAAUGGAUUAUUAUUGUUACUCCAAAUCGCAAUUUCUUCAAAAAUCUACAAUAAAGCUAAAGAAUGGCUAAGUUAUGAGACUACAUUUUUAUUCUAAAAAAAUCUCGUUGGCGGCUAUUAAUCAGAGAAGUAUUCGAAGUGCUGGAUGGCAAUGAAUUUCUGAUAAAAGCGAAGUAUGAAGGUUUCUUUUAUAGACAGGAUAGAAUUUAUGAUGGAAACAUUCAUCUUUACAUGCCUUAUCUUCUUCAUUUUAAUUAA